GAAAUUGGUUUCAGUCAAGCUGACUGUCUACUCCUAAAACACAUUACUAUAAAAAAUUACUAUAAAUGUAACACUUCAUAAAAAGCAUCUAUUUUAUUAUUUCCUAAUACAAACAAUGCAACAAAAUGCAAUUCGUUAUUUUAUUUCCCCGACGAAUGCUUUGAACAGAAACCUUUUGAGGUAAUGCAGUUAUUUUGUUGUCGUUAAUUAAUUUUGCUCACGGUUAGUUAUGUCGCUAUUGCUCGAUAUUGCUCCGAGGCGCGCAUGCCCCGUCCCUUCGCCCGCCGGUGUCCGGGUCCGCUCGCUCCCGGCGGAUGGUCGCGGGCUCGGUGUGAACGGACUCGGAGCGGGACUCGUGUCUACGUGGAACUCUAGUGCGCCCGCCGCUUGUUUCCUUGGGUCUGUUUUAACGCAUUGAGUCGAUCUUCCUCUUGAGCACAUCCGUAGGUAGGCUCGAUACGUGACCGACGAUGCUGGAGGCGUCCACGGCGAAGCCAAGAAAGUCGUUUCGCGAUUGUUUUUGUAUUUUUCGCCCAGACGCGGGGAUUCGUCUGAAGUGAGCGCGGCUCGGCGGAUUAGUGUGUUUGUGUUUUUGGGGGAAAUAUCGCUGGUGGCUGCUAAUGUUGCUCAGCUUCCCUGUGCGAGCGAAGCAGCUACGAGGCUACGGCGGAAGACUUUUUACUCAAUUUAACUGAUCACCAGUUGUCUUUCCGACCACGAAAUGGCUUUUAUACCCUGAUUUUCUAAACUUUAUCAUUUUUUUUAGUCCUCGGCCAGAACGUUGCAUGCUGGUUGGCUUCAAACGGUCUCGACUGGUUAGCGAUCUGACCCUGUGUGCAUCACCAGUGGAAGUGAUCGCCCAUCUAAUAAUCUACAUUUAUUUCUCAGAUAACGUGUUCGUGCAUGCAGCUCGCGCGUAGUGCGUGCCAGAGGAUGUCUGGUUCGAUCAAACUGGACUAAUUUAUGCGGAGGUCUCGGUUUUUGCAUGUUUGGGUGUUAAAUCAGACCCAUAUGUCCUGAUGUUAGUCGUCUGACUGUGAGGAGGCAGGUCAAAUUGGUCGCUGUCGCUCCUCCUUUUAUUUUGGCCGUUCGCUGCUUACCCUGACGUCUUCGUCGUCCAUUAAUCUGAUUGUAAAGACUUUAUCAGAUUGCAUGCAUGGUGUCAGGGAUUUAAACAUUCACCUUUACGGAAGCCCUGUCAGAUGCCUCUAGCGUGAUCAUCUGUAAACAGGACUUUUGCCGUUACUCGAACUGCUCUCUAAGGAGACCUUUUGAGACUUCACAUCCAUUGACUUGCUCCACCAUGCGCCUCUCUUCUUUCCUGGCUGUUUUCCGGCCUGCUCUGCCUCUCAUCCUGGGCCUCUCUUUGGGCUGCAGCCUCAGCCUCCUGAUGGUGUCCUGGACGCAGGGGGAGACUGACGAGGCUUGUGGAGAUGAACUGGGCAAUGGGAGACUCAUGCAUAGUGGUCAUAUCAGGGAUGUCCAGGAUGGUCAAGAUGGGGAUGGGAACGAGGACUUCCAGCCUCGCAUUGUACCCUAUCACAAGGACCCCAACAAACCACACAAGAAAGUCCUCCGGACACGCUACAUCCACACAGAGCUGGGCAUCCGAGAGCGUCUUCUGGUGGGCAUCCUGAGCUCACGUGCCACUCUCAACACACUGGGGGUGGCUGUCAAUAAAACGGUAGCCCACCGUUUCCACCGUACCUUCUUCUUCACCGGCCUUCGAAGCGCGAAAGCACCGCAUGGCAUGGCCGUUGUUGCUCACGGGGAUGACCGACCCGUCUGGCUGAUGUAUGAAACUAUACGCCACCUCCACCAACACCACGGCAAUGAGUAUGACUGGUUUUACCUCGCACAAGACGAUACAUACACACAAGCUGAAAGGGUCAUGGAGCUGGUUAAUCAUCUCAGCGCGGGACAGGAUAUGUACAUGGGGCGGGCAGAGGAGUUUAUCGGGGGUGAAGAACGUGCCCGGUAUUGCCAUGGAGGAUAUGGGUACCUGCUGUCACGGAGCCUGCUAGCUCGACUGCAGCCCCAUCUGGACUCUUGUCGAAAUGAUAUCCUCAGCGUCAGGCCAGACGAGUGGCUUGGCCGCUGCAUCAUCGAUUACCUGGGCCUCAGCUGUGUGGAGAAGCAUCAGGAGAUGACAUACCGUUACUUUGAGCUGCAGAAGAACGUGGACCCUGAGCGCGAGGACAGUGCAAAGUUUAAGAACGCCUUCACUGUCCAUCCCGUCUCUGAACCUGCCCUGAUGUAUCGCCUACACAAACGCUAUAACCAGAUUGAACUGGACUGGACCUAUGCGCAAAUACAGCAGUUACAGAACCAGAUCAGUAACAUAAGUGAGCUCACUCCAGAGGGCAAAGGCGGAGCCACCUGGCCCAUCGGAAUCAACCCACCCUUCCGACCCAAAACCCGCUUUGAGGUGAUCAACUGGGAAUACUUCACAGAAGAGCACAUUUAUUCAUGUGCCGACAGCUCCCCAAAGUGUGAGCUUCGAGGUGCGGACAGGGCAGAUGUCAGUUCAGUCCUGGAGACGGCAGUGGGCCGUCUGAACGAGCGUUAUCAGCCUCAGUUGCGCUUUCGUAAGCGGCGUCUGCUGAAUGGGUAUCGGCGCUUUGAUCCCACACGAGGCAUGGAGUACGUGCUGGAUUUGGCCCUGGAAGCUUUUACGCAGAAAGGGCACAGUCAGGUCAUCGCCAAACGGGUGAGUCUGCUGAAACCGCUCAGUGCUGUCGAGAUCAUCCCAAUGCCAUAUGUGACAGAGGCGACACGGGUACAGGUGAUCCUCCCCGUGACGGCACACGAUCAAGACUUUGUGGGUAACUUCCUUGACAUGUACGUCAUGAAUGCCCUGGAUACCCAUGACAAUGCUCUUCUCACCUUCUUGUUUGUGUAUGACCCCUUCGACGCACAAAGAGUCAGCCAGACGGACGUCUUUGCAGGUGUCAAAGCCAUGAUUGGUGAGGUUGAGAAACGUUACGGUGACGUAAAGAUUCCUUGGAUUAGUGUAAAGACUGAAGUUCCCUCGCAAGUCAAGCUGAUGGACAUCAUCUCCAAGAAGCACCCAGUAGACACCCUGUUUUUCCUCGCCAGUGUUUGGACCGAGAUCAACGCCGACUUCCUUAAUCGCUGCCGUAUGAAUGCUAUCAGCAAUUGGCAGGUCUUCUUCCCGAUCCACUUCCAAGAGUACAGUCCCGCUCUGGUCUACCGUGACCAACAGCCUUCCGCCGCUUCAUCGUUUGCGUCCGAGUCAUUGCGUGAUGGCCAUUUUGACCGUCACGUCUUUGAAGAAGCCUGCUUCUACAAUGCAGAUUAUAUGGCUGCCCGCACAAAAAUGGCGGCUGAUAUUUUGGACAAUGACGAGUUGCUUGAGAGCAUGGACGUCUACGAGAUCUUUGUCCGUUAUUCGGGGCUGCACGUGUUUCGGGCUGUCGAGCCGGCGCUAGUUCAGAAGUAUGUGCACAGAGAAUGUAACCCACGCUUCAGCGAGGACAUCUAUCACCGCUGUGUGCUCAGUAACCUCGAGGGGCUGGCCUCUCGAUCGCACCUAGCGAUGGCUCUGUUUGAACAGGAGCAGGCUAACAGCACCUGACUUACUACUGCAACCCUUACGUCUUGAUACUCAUUUAGGUGGCCUUAAAUGACCUACUGAUAUUGACCGAGUGAAUUUCACCCUGAUGCUGUGAACUCCUCUGCACAGAUCAUCCAGUCAUCUCAGUUCAGCCAAACACGGUGAAGUCACCUUGCGAAAAAAUCUGUACGUCUUACUUUCUUUUGCGGAACAUAGAAGACAUUUUGAAGAAUGUUUUUAGUUUUGUUUCGUUUAUGACUAUAUAAUGAAUGUCAAAUUGACCAGUUCUCCUUGUUGUGUUCUGCAGAAGACAGAAAUUCAGGUUUGAAUUAACUAGAAGAUAAAUAAUGACAGAUUUUCCAUUUUUUGGGUCGCUUUAUGGAUCUACAUAAAAUGGAGUUAACCUAUGAAUGUGUCUAAUUUAACCAGAGAACAACAUUCACAAUAUCUUAAUUUUAAAUAAAAUUUGAGGAAUGCAUUUCUCCUCGUUUACAUCAAUACCGAUAACUGAAUGCAGGAACCUGAAGUUAGCAAUGAAAACGCAUAAGGACCGCAUUCAUCUUUUAAUAUAUGAACAUGUCAGAUUUUAAGCGGUUAGUAGAGGUUCUAGUCUCAGCUACACAAGUAACUUGAGCCAUCUUUCUUCCUCCAGAUAUAUGAUUGUAUGACCUUUGAAAAGAAUGUGCUGAAAAUUUCAGGACUGAAUAAAAAAACCUGAUUAUGUGAAA